AGAGUGGAAGAAGUGUAGCCGGUUACUCUUAACAAGUAAGGUACCGCUGCUUGUGAGUUCAUUCACACUCAGCCGCUUUCCUUUACAUAUCGUGUCUGUGAUUCAACGUGUGUGCGCUGUUGACAGCCGCGCAGUUCUAUUAAUACACCACAACGCACAGACACCCACAGGCGCCAACCUCCGCAUACGUGUUAAGUUUUGUAUAUGCUAUAAACCGCGUUGUGGUCGAUAUCACCUUCUCUUUCUUCUCUUUUUUUUUCCAUUAUAAUAGCCCUCAUUAUUAGUUAUACACAUCUCAGCAAAACGGCGCACCGCAAGGAAUACCUUAUAAAAGCGUGUGCCUUCCCGCGAGAACUCCACGUUUCCGCUGCUUCGAUAUACAAACGCCAAUUCUCGGUGCCUUCUUGUUUUCUUCUUGCUUUUCGUUGUUGUUGUGGCUGCGGCUUCUGCCCUGUCACGCCUAUUUUGUACUCUCUCUCUCUCCUUAUUUUGAUUUUUCUCUCUCCGUUUGCUUUUCCCGCCCCCCUCGCGCUGUUGCCGCCCCAAGACGCAUCGGCCCUUUCACAUCCUUUUUUUUUUCUUGUCAUCUUCUUUCACACUUAAGUAACUUUCUUUCCGCUUGGCCUUUCUAAGUUGACUUGUCCUACUACUUUGUUAUCUAUCUUGUUAUCUAUCUAUCUAUAAUUCUGGCUUUUUGUUUGUGUCUCUCUUCUCUUUAUACCCUUUGUUGUGACUCCACAUCUCGUCCUUUCUCCAAAUAUAUGUAUUUGCUUCACAGGGUUGCCGUUACCGGCCUUCUUUCUCCUCUGUGAUUUGGACGUGUACGUUGGGAAAAGAGAGCGGAACGCCAUUCCGCAGGAACGCGUGCGUGUACAUCGCCACAACGACGCUGCAUUUUUGUUGGGCGUGCGACACUCUUCUUUCUCUUUCUUUUUCCCUAUAUAAGGGUAUAUAUAUAUAUAUAUAUUUUGUGUCUUUUGUAAAGGGAUUGUUUGACUCGUGGACAACUUCCAACGUUGUUUCUUUCUAAGUCGGUCGAUCAGCGUCCUUUACAUCUUAUUAUCUUAUUCUUCUUUUAAUUAUAUAAAACAACGUCUCCAUUGUUCUCUUUCUUCUCUCUCUUUUUAAAGCUUCUCCUCUCCGUCUAGCUGACGUUCGUUGUUUGGUUGCGGGUGUGAUUACCCGACCAGCUUCCGUGGACGGUGCGAAGGACUUUUUAGGCCGUUUCAUCAUCAUUUUUUUUUCCGCUUCCUUGUGGGUGUUUGUUGUGGUACGUGCUGAUUGACCGUCAUUUCGGGUUUUGCUAAAAGAAAAGUUGUAUUUUGUAUUCUUUUUGUUCUCUGCGUUUCUGUGUGUGGUCCAGCCGAUGAAUGCAGAUAUUUGUAUAUAGCAACGGACUCACCUAUAUAUGUGAAAGAGAAUGCACCACAUCCGCGAUUUCUUCCGUCCACACCCGACCACGCGCGUCGGCGGACGCUCCUCUGUCGCGCGCGAUGACGCCAGCAAAAACAGCGCGGCGCAGGCGCGCAGCCGGUCUCGCGGGUCGCCAACUCGGAGUCGUCUGCCUAACGAGAGUGCCUCCUCUGGCGACGGCGCCGCACGUGCAGAGCGCCGCAGCAACACCGUCAGCAGCGUCGUGUCCGGCACCGCCCUUGACCACCUCUACGAGAGUUACUGCGACAACAUCACUGCCGGCGAGCUGAAGAGCCAGUCGGACAAGCGCCGACCCUUUAUGGUGGUGCGGGAGUACAACUGUGAUUACAUCGUCCCGGACACAUCCAACACGUCUGUUUUCCUACCUCGUGAGUAUAACCUUGUCGGUGACGAUGACUACGAGGAGGGGGUGGAGGAGGUCGCGUUGAGUGACCUGGACGACUUCGCCGAUGCGCUGGGGGACACGCAGAGGGGGACGACGCAGCUGAACGGUGGCGGCGCUGCCGACUCCGCAGCAGGCGCGACGUCCACUAACGCCACUGCCACCUUCGGUGCCCCGGCGAGUCGCAGCCGCAGCACCGACGACGAUGUGGAUGGUACUGGCAACGUAUACGGUGCGGGCGUAGCCGCCGACCCCGCUCCACCGCUGCACAGCUCGCUCACCACCGCCAACGUUACUGCCUCGAAUGUCAAAGGGCAGGCGCGAGACGGGCGGGGCAGCAGUGGCUCCGCUGGGCAAAAGGCGCAGAAGCCACCGGGGAAGAGGUCCAAGCAGGAGAAGGAAGUGGCGCCUAACGCAGGACGGGGAACACCGCCAAGCAGGGGAAAGGGGCCCUCUGCAGCAGCAACUGCGGAAGAGCAGCAGGAAAGGAAGCCGCACCAGCCCAACGGCGACGCACUGGCCGCCGAGCCGCACGCGCCACCACCGGUGCGUCGCUACAGCAUCUCCAGCUUGUCCUUCUUGGAGGAUGAGGCUAAAAUUCACGGCCAUGUGCGCUGCGUCAUCGCACCAUCGUCUUCUGCCGCAGCCGGCGCAGGUGACGUGGAGGGCGUCGGCGAUGCCGCGGAUUCUCAUCGCGCUUCCGAGGUGGAGAUUGUGCGCCUGAACGAGGCCCUCUUCACGCCGACGGAGUUGGCUCGGUGGCGACGUUACAAGAUGGCCCGCAUGGACAGCUUCAUGGGCGCGACGACGCCUAACGUCCCAAGCACGCCGUCGGCUUCGACGCGCAGCCGCGACGCCCCAUCGAGCAGCUCGGCAAGCGGGCCGGAGUUCAUGCCGACACUCGGCACGGCGAACCUUGCCUCCGACACGUCGGUGCGCGGCUGGGACGAACUGGAGAGUGGGGUGGGAGCGGAGGGGCGAACGGACAUCGGCGUGCCGGCUUCGAAAGGACGGCUGAUUCGGGUGUCCUGCAUCUAUGAGGCGGACAGUGAUGCGCCACGACGCAAGCUGACCGCAGUGCCGACCUCCUCAUCGCAGCCACCCACUCUGCCUGUGACGGCACGGCCAGUUGCAACGUCUACGGCCCAGAAUCGUGCUCCUGUAGCCCGUCCUGUUGUAUCCCCGCAGAACCAGGCAAGCGCACCGCACCUUGGCGAUCUUCCACCCAUUGGCUCACGCUCCGGCAUCCGCAACGAUAGUUUUAGCAGCAGCAGUCACAGUAGCGACAGCAGCGACGCGAGCAGUGCCACGAGCGGCUCGUCCAGCAGAAGCCUAAGUAUCUCCAGCAUUGACACCGAUGUGGCGGAAAUACAAGCAGCUUCCCUUUCCACAACUUCGGAGGCGGUGCAGCUCCCUGAUAUUUUUGGCAAGGCCCGGGAGCUGACAAGCAACACGAGCGCCACCAGUGCUCCCGAAAGCAGGCGGCACGAGCACAGCAGUGGCACUGCGCCUUCAUCGUAUAUAGCCAGUCACGACGGCAGUGCCGAAGAACUGCAUCCGCUGCCGCCGGUGCACCGUGCGGCCGUGCCACCGGCGUUCCGCCGUCGUGUACAUUAA